UUGAGCUCGAAGACUUGACUCGCUCCACAAACGACCCCCAUUACUCGGCAUCGUCCGAAAAGCAAAAAUCAAGAAGAAUCAGAGCACUACACACCGCAUCCAUGGAUGUCUCAAGCAUGUUGGACAACGACGCCCACCAGGAAGCUGGGGCGGCGGAGUCGAGGAGAUCGAGCCACCAAUAUCCCACUCGACACGCUGCCUCCACACAAGACCACAAUGGCUUUGCAAAGCCGUCCACUGGCCCUAUUCAGCGGCCUGCGAAAAAUCACACCGCUCCGGCCGGCGUCUCCGGCUAUGGCCGUGCGUCACCGGCGAAGAAAAAUCAAAAGCAUGUCGUCUUCCAACUCAUCGACCAUGAAGACCCGCGCAUACAAGCCCGCCUGCCCAUGAGAGUCAUGAUCUCCACGCACGACACCACGGACGGCAUCAUCUCCACCGUCAAAAACUUCUACGGCUUGUACGAGUACGGCGUCAGCUUUGAGAACAAAGAUGGCAUCAAUCUCAUUGCAGCCUACGAGAACUUCGAACAUGACAUGACGGUGUAUGUGCGCGCUGUUGCGCAGAAGAGCGCGUCGGUUGUCGACGACGGGAGAGACUCUGCAUCGCCCAAGAAGCCCACCCUCGGCGCUCCCUUUGAGAUGCGUCCGCCUCAGCAUCAUCACAAUCAUUCACCCCUCCGCUCCGGCGCGAGGUCUGCUGGAGUACGUAGCAUGUCUCCGCAGUCCGACGUCGGCCGGCGCAGUGCUUCUGUUGCUCCCGGUGGCAAGCCGCGUCCGCAGAGGACGAAGAGCAAGGACAAUAGCAUGAUGGGUGACGGCGAGGGUUACAGCAGCGGCGACAACGGUGGUGGCUCUGUGGCCAGCUCCCGCCGCUCCAAGCAAGAGGUUGUCAACCCUGAGAUCAGCACGGAUAAUAUCGUUGAAGGCGGACGUAGGAAGAGGGCGUUUGAGAGUUCGGAACUCCCGCUUUUCGUUCCCCCACAGGUGCCAAUGAGCACAUCCAUCUCUUCCAUCUCGCCGCAGCGUCGUGCUGGCCCACCGAGUGCCAUCUCGCCGUACCCAUAUUCUAAUCAGGCCACCUUUUCCUACACGCAGCCUCUGCCAUCUCCUCAGAGCUAUGGCAGCGGCGCUCCGUACGGACAAACUAGCACCGGAAGCAAUGGCUACAACGCCUACAAUCCUCAGGGUAAUCAAUAUCGCCCUCGCCCUGGCGCUCCCAUUUCUCGUGGGCGCUAUUCUGGCAGUGGCAUCCUACCAACUCCAGAUCCUACCGUCGGCAGCGCCAUCUCCGAUGAAGAUGUCGCUCUGCAGCUCAUGCGUCUGGGCGAUCCAAUGGCCUUCUCGCACGGUCGCACCUCGACGUCUACUGUGGACGAUGCCAUGAGCGGCAAAGCAGACGCCGCUUCCUCGGACGAAGAGAGCGACGUCGAGGAUGCUAAUGGAUACCAACAAGACGAGCUGCCCACUGUCCCACAUUAUGGUCGCGACAGCGCUGGUGGCCCGCCGAGGAAGAAGGCACGCCUCAUGGCCGACCCGGCGGGCAACACAAGCAGCGGCGAAGACUACGAUGAUCAUCGUGAUGCCACCUUCGCCGGCAGCGACGGUUAUACCGACCAUCACCGGAAGCCGAGCAGGCCCAAACAACACCCCACCGGCCAUCAUCAUCGCUCCUCCCUUCCCAGCAACAACCACACCCUCAGCGCCAACAAACACACCAAGCCUCGUGCAAACUCCCUCGCCACCAAGCCCAAGACCAACGCCCACAAGUCCCUCACCUACCCCAUGUCCUCCUCCACCAACCAUCAUCACAACAACGCCAAAAUCCCCAUGUCCCCCGCCCCUUCAGCCGCCUCGCGCAAAGGCUCCAUCGCCUCUGCCGCAGGCCUAAACACCUUCCACCAGCACGCCUUCAACGGCGUCUCUCCCUCCUCCACCUCCACCUCCCUCUCCGCCUUCCCCUCCGCAGCAGGAGUCAACGGACAAGGCGACGAGGAAGACCUCUCCACCAAACCGCGCUGCCAACGCUGCCGCAAGAGCAAAAAGGGCUGCGAUCGGCAACGGCCCUGCGGACGCUGCAAAGACGCCGGUAUUGGCAUUGAGGGCUGCAUUAGUGAGGACGAGGGGAAUGGGCGUAAGGGGCGGUAUGGACGCCACAUGGGCGUUUCAGUGCAGAGGGCUGAAGAGGGUGUCCAGAAGACUGAGGGGGCCUUUGAGGGGUAUGACGAGGAUGUUGAGCAGUAUCAUCCGAUGCAAAUGCAGAUGCAGGGUGGGAUUGCGAAUGGGCAUGGGCAUGGCAAUGGAGCUGGGGUCUUCCUGGCUCCUGCUUUGCCGGAGAAGGCUGGGGGGAAGAAGAGGAAGAGGUAGGGUGGCCUGAAUCCGAGAGAUGAUGGAUGAUGCUGCAAGAGGAGGUGAACGACAGGAAGAAGCUUUCCCCUUGGGAAGGGUGUCUUCUUCCAUUUCUUUUGUUUCUGGCAGCGGACUGCCUCGCAUGUGGAUGCUGGGAGGA